UAGCGUGUAGUUGUGGUUAAAAAGAAAGAAAAAAAGCGGCUUUGGUGGAGUCCUUUUGCGUAAUUAUUGAAAUUUGCGCUGUUUCGCACUGUUUGACCCGAAUCCGUAAUAAUUUCGGAUUGAUCGCGGUUGUCGUUUUCUUUACGGAAUAAGUGUUGUGUAUAAAUCUUUGUUCGUGAAACUGUAAAACACUCCGAUCGGUUUGUUUCUACUUCUAACCUCAACUUUUUUUGUGUGCAUGCCUGCUGGAGCAAAACAAGCUGGCGGUGGCGUCGCUUUAGAAGAAAGUUGUGUUUACAUUGUUUUCUUGUUGGCAUUUUUCAAACGGCUACAGAAAUGAGCAAGCUUCGGCAGCGUUCCAUGUCCGUAUUUGUUCCGAAGGACGAUAAUCGGUUCUCGAAAAGGUUUGAAGGAGUUGCUUCUGACAAUGAUGCGCAUUCGGAUUCGGAAAUCGACGAAGAUGACGAUGAUUUGCAUCGAUCUAUCGACACCAAAUCACACGGAGGUUUGGAAAGAGUUGAUUGGACGAAGGGCGAUUACGAUAUGUUAGUAGAAAAACUGAGAGCAGCGCUUCCCAAGAAAGAUACAAAAAAAUUCAAUCGCACACUUCAGACUAUCAAUUGGGAGGAAAUCGAAGUUGGUAACCACAGCUCGGAGGACGUCAAAAACGUCGCAGAAUCCUUGAUUGCAAAAAUACGACGUUUCCGAACGCUUGGUGAAAUGUUGAACGACAUACCGGAACUAGUGAACAAGUUGCUUAGUGCGGAAAAACCGAAGGCUCCCCCGAACGCUUACGCACUGUUUGUGAAGGAAAACUUGCUCCGCUACAAGAGCGCCAGCAUUGAUAUGAAAAAUGUUUUUAAGGUUGCCGCCAAAGAGUUUCACAAAUUAUCCGACAAAAAGAAGAAAAAGUUCGAAGACAAUGCUGCUCGAUUGAAACAGGAGUACUCUAAUAAAAUGGCUAAAUACUACGAAGAUCACCCGGAUAUGACGCCACAAAAGAGGACGAAAAGAAAGGAACCAAAUAAAACACCGUUCAAUCUAUUCUAUCGCGCGCGGCGUGAAACAUCCUCCAACAUUUCCAUGUUACAGCUUCGGAAGGAGUGGGAGGAACUGCCUAUAAAAAAGAAGCUUAAGUAUAUUCGAGAAUCAUUUGCUUCGGAGAGCGCAGGUAAACAUCUGAACAAAAAGGAACAGGAAAUUUUGGAUCGUGAUCAUGGAAAGCCGGAGUUUAUUGGACGAAACGUGUUCGAGUUAUAUGCUCGCAAACAACGGACCCAGUCCGAAAUGUUGGCUUUGAGUGGAAAAGAACGAGAGCAGCAGAUACGCAAAGAUUACAAGGCGUUAACUAAUCAAGAGAGGCUUGAUUUGAAAGCCGAAUACGCGGAAGCUAGAGAGAAGUACAUUACUCAGUAUAGAGCAUAUAUUGAAAAAUUGCCUGUUGAGAGGCGAGAGGCUGAAAUUGAACAUAUUCGUGGGUUAACGGAGUCCAAAAAACGGGACAAGAAGCUUACAAACAGUGCAGAUAAUGCGUCCGAUCUGUAUUCCGGAUCUGGGAAUGAAGAUCCGCCGAUAGCAGAAUCAACAACGAUAAAAAAGGUUAAGAGUAAGAAACAACCCAGUUUGCCGGAGUCAUCUGCUGUAGAAGUCAAGAGGGAAUCAUCAUGUGAACCAUCCGCAUCGCCCAGCAAAAGAUCGAAGCCAGCUGCCGAGUUGACCAUGAAAGCACCUGUGCUAGUUCCUCCACUAAUAAUCAGCAAGAAAAAAACCAAAACGGACUCUUCCAGUGACGAAGCCUCAAAGCAGCGCAACAAGAAAGACAAUUUUACAUUGGAAAUAAAGCGAGAUCAGCCGAACAAAUCAACUAAAUCUGGCACCGAAUUGGAAAAGCUACCAAAAGAGGAAUCUUGUGUAGAUAUGCCGUCGACCUCGAUCAGCAAGAAAAGCAAAAAGAAAAGCAAGAUCGCUUCGUCCAGUGACGAAGCACCGGAACCGUUGGUUUCUGCUAGUCCAACUAAAAAUGGUAGCGUUAUGAAGGAGUCGAAAAAGCGAUCAUCGAUGGAAAAUGUACAGUCGCAGGUGGAGCAGAAAAAGUCAAAAACUUCGACAAAAAAGGGAAACCAAGAUGUGCCAAAACCGGCACAGGAACCCCUAAAGGAACCGGAACGACCUCCAGGGCAACCGGAAGAGUUCUAUCGCCAACGAAUCUACAAGGGUAAGGUGGGCAAACACAAGGAAUCCUAUGCAAAUCUAUCCGCGGCCAAGAAACGCGAAAUUAUCGAGCAGAUGAAAACGGCACAGCAGCAGUUCAUAGUAGAUUUGGAAAACUACCUGAAAGCGAUACCCCGCGAAGAAAUCAACCGAUACAUCCAGAAGGUAAAAACGAUGCAGCCCGAAACGAAAAACGGUAGUUCGGAUGAUUCCGAUGAGGAGGACGAUGAUGAGUCAUCAUCUGAUAGCGAAGACAGCAGCUCCGAUUAGAGGAAGUGUGCCACUUUAUAUUGAAAAUAAUUUAUGUGUUUGUUGGCGUGUUAGAAUAAGUGAAAUCAGUGACAAUUUCAGAUGAUUUUUUUUAUUAGAAAUAUUAUUUCCUAUGUAAAUAAUAAACGAUUGACUAGUAGUACUAA